AUGGGCAACCGCUCGUCCAGUCACCAUCCACCGCCGCUGGCCUGGUCCCAGGGCCAGUAUCCGGCCUAUGCAGCGCCUUCUGGCGCCUAUGACGCUAAACGGGCUCACAAUGGACCUGCUUACACUGAGCCCUAUAUGCCGCAUCCGAUUCUCUGUCGUUCAAUGAUAAGCCUGAACGCUGACUCCGGUUAUAUGACAAGUCCAAGUGAUUCAGAACGAAUGCGAUUAUCGAAGGGAUCACGAAUGUCGCUGAAUCACCUGGAUUUCGUCGAACAGCAACGACCACUACUAUUUCCCCCGGAUUUGAAGACGAUCAAGAAACUGGAGAAAAUGGAGAAAAAGCAACAGAAGCUGAUGAAAAAGUACGGUGGCCGAGCAAUUGCGCCACCACCACCACCGGCAAUUUUCUUCCAAUCACAAAUGUUGCCACCACCACCACCGAUUUACUCAAGGGCGAUGUCUUUUGACGAUCUACACAGAAGUCCUAACGAGAAGUUUUGUCAGCACGCGCUUCGUAGCACCGAGGUCGUGGUAGCUCAUUGGCGACCUCGGCUUUCUCCUACGCAACUGGAUUUCUUCCACCGAUGGGAUUCGACGGAGCACCUUAGCAUUAAGCAGCGCCAAAUGUCGGCUGAAAUGGCGAACGGUCGUUUCUCCCACUCUUCUCGAUCUCUCUACAAGAAAGAAGCAUCGUUAACGUUAGAGACAAAGCUGCACAUCUAUGAUGUCUUGAUGAUGCAAUAA